UGCGUCUGUUUGUGCGUGCGCAGGGAGAUAUAGCUGAAAUAAAGAACAGGAAGCGAAGAUAGUAGCACUUUCUCGUACAGAAUUUUUGGCUCUCCUGCUGUGCAGCAAGUAGCUCUCCGGUCCGCAACCGAAGGUCCCUCUCAUGCGCAGAGUGAAGGGCAAGUCCGGGCCCUUGGCUCGGAGGCCAGACAACUCCGCUUUCAAACAGCAGAGGCUACCUGCCUGGUCUCCCAUGCUGACGGCUAACACUGUGCUGCCUUUCUUCUACUUAAUGGCUCUGCUAUGCAUGCUGCUGGGAGUAUGGCUGCUUCUUACGGUACAGAGCACACAGGAAUUGAAGAUUGACUACACCGAGGCCGAUACAUGUGAUAAAUGUUUUGAAAAGCGUAAAAAUGUUAGCAACGCAGGAGAGAGUUGCAACUGCAAAGUGGAAUUUUUUCUUAAGAAACCAUUCAAGGGGGAUGUCUUUUUCUAUUAUGCCCUCCAAAACUUUCAUCAGAACCUCCGUAGAUACAUGGACUCCAGAGAUGACGGACAGAUGGUUGGCAGGAAGAAAAACUUAAGGAACCCCAGUUCAUAUUGCGAGCCGUUUACCAAAGACCAGAAUGGACUCCCCAUUGCCCCCUGUGGCGCUGUGGCCAACAGUAUGUUCAAUGACUCCUUCAUUCUGAUCUAUCAUGCAUCCAGUCGUCCUUCAGUUAAGGUUCCUCUGUUACGGAGAGGCAUCACCUGGUACACCGACAAAAAUGUCAAGUACCGCAACCCCAAGGUGGACAACUUGACACUAGCUCAAGUGUUUGACGGCACAGCAAAGCCACUGUACUGGCAGAAGCCAGCCUAUCGGCUUGAUCCCGUCGACCCGAACAACAACGGCUUCAUCAAUGAUGACCUGAUCGUAUGGAUGAGGGAGGCAGCCUUCCCUAACUUCAAGAAGCUCUAUGGGGUUUUAUACAGCGCCAGCAACCCCUUCACUGUGGGUCUUCCCGCAGGGAGAUACAGCAUUGAGAUAUCCUACAACUUCCCUGUGCAGCACUUCCAAGGCAGGAAGGCAGUGGUGCUGACCACGCUGACCUGGUUUGGAGGUCAGAACCACUUCUUGCCCAUUGCCUACCUAGUAACCAGCAGCCUGAUCCUGCUGAUAGCUGUCAUCCUCACGGCGGUCUGGUGGAAGUUUGGGAAGGAUGGAAAGAACAUGGAGGAAUGAAUGGUAAGAGGUGUGCCGGGAGGCUGAGGAUCGAAAUAGUGAAUAAAACUCACAAGCAGCUUAAAAUUGAUCAUUGUUGUGCUGAUUAGGAGCUGUUUUGAGCCCAACAAAUCCUAAAUGACAAGAACGUUGAUAUGAGCAAAUGAAGGAUAAAGACAGUGGUUUGAAAAAUAAUUAAUUUGAUACAGUACCAUAAUAGCAUUUGCAGGAAAACCAUCGAAGAAUAUAGUUUGACAUCUGGAAAUUACUUUCCCUAUCUACUAAAGGAUCCACAUGUGCAAUGGCUUUUGUUGUGAUGAUGAUGUUCUUAACCACUUGUGAAAGCUGGGUGCGACCGCACAGGCUUCAAGCUUCCUUUACUUGCUGAUUUUACUUGAACCUUUGCAUUUUUUUUUAAUACACACCAUUUUGUUCAUGUACUGUUAAUAUUUAUAAAGAUAAAUAUAUUUAUUAUAAUUAUUAUGUGAACAACUGCUAAAAUCCAGUCACUGUGGUAUUGAGACUGCAGUUGAUGUCUCAGUAAACGCAAAGUGGAAAAACUACACUUCAAUAAGUGUGAUGUAGAAUGCAGGACACCAGCAAUCAGACAAACCCUGUAAUGCUAAUUUUUUAAAACCGAAUAAAAGUUUCUAAUUACAGCAGCAUUAAAGUUUCUAUGUCAGUGUUAUAUGGGACAAUAGGUACUUAAAAUGCUAUUAUUUAGCAAGACUACGAAUCUACAGCCAUGCUAGCAGCUCUGUGAGGGCAAAAGGGAGUUUUGACUCAAAUGUUCAACGUGGCAAUGCCAACAUGCCUUUUUGCAGGUAUGUUUACCUUGAUCACUGUCUCGUUUAGUGUGUUGGCACGCUGACAAAGUACAACCGGAGCUGAUGGGAAUGUCGUUAAAUUAGCAGAUACUCAGUCAUAAACCAAAGUAUCACAUAACAAUGCUUUUUUUAUAAACCAAAACAAUGAUGCAAUUUAGAUCUUUUCCCCUAUAGUCUUAGUAUGGCCAUUGUUGAUAAUGGAAAAAAAUGCUUUAUCUAACUGUAUUUGCAGUGUAAUUGUGAAGUCUGUAUAUGUUAGAAACACAACAUAAACAUCAGUCACAUGUAAGUUCUCUGUUACUGCCCACAAUAAUAAUUUUUCUGUUUUGG